AUGGUGUACAUGAGUUAUUUAGAAAAGAAGGAGCUACAGAUCUUCAAGAAGAUGCUGAUGCAUGAGCAGUUCCUGCCGGACACUCUCGGCAUCACCUGGGAGCAGCUGGACAGAGCCAGCUGGGCAGAGACGGUUCAUCUCUUAAUAGAAGUUUUUCCUGGAGGACUAGCUUGGCGUGUGGUUCUUGAAAUCUUGAACACAAUGAACAAGAGAAGAAUUUGUUCCCUGGUCGAGAAGGAGCUAAAGGGAAGCUCAAUGAGUGACCCAAAAGAAGACAGUGAACCAAUCCAGCAUGACCCAGGAUCAGAUGAGAAACAGACACCAGAAGCCUUGCAGGCUGAGGAAGAAGAUGCAGCAGGAGAGGCACAUGAACAAGCUGUCUCUCAUUUGACUUCAUACCAUCUAGGUGACAUACAAGGCUAUAAGACCCAUGUAAUAACUAAAUUCAACACACAUGUGGUUAUACACUGUGACAGCCCAGAGAUGCGAGUGUUGUUGGAGGCCCUUAAGCCACACCAGAAAAUCUUCUCGCCUCACACUGUUAUCCUACACGGAAGACAAGGAGUUGGAAAGUCGGCUUUGGCCAGAAGUAUCGUUCUGGGCUGGGCACAGGGUAAACUCUACCAAGAUGUGUCCUAUGCCUUCUUCUUCUCUGUUAGAGAAAUAAAAUGGAGAGAGAAGAGCAGUAUGGCACAGUUGAUUUCCAGGGAGUGGCCAGACUCCCGGGCUCCGAUGACAGAGAUCAUGUCCAAACCGGAAAGACUCUUGUUUGUCAUGGAUGGUUUUGACGAUCUGGGUUCUGCCCUCCUACUUGAGGACAUGAGGCUCUCUGAAGACUGGGAGGAUGAACAGCCCAUAUACAUCCUGCUGUACAGCCUCCUGAUGAAGGCUCUCCUACCCGAGUCCUUUCUCGUGAUCACCACCAGAGACACGGGCUUGGAAAGGCUCAAGUCAAUAGUGGUGUCUCCUCUCUACAUAUUGGUGGAAGGACUGUCUGCAACCAGGAGGGCUGAGCUGGUCCUUGAGAACAUCUCUAACAACCAUAAAAGACAUCAAGUCGUCCAUUCCGUGAUAGAUAAUCACCAGCUGUUUGAUCAAUGUCAAGUCCCCCCCAUAUGCUCACUGGUCUGUGAAGCUCUGCAGCUCCAGGAGAAGCUGGGAGAGAAAGGCCCCCCAGUCUGCCAGACUUUCACCAGUUUGUAUGCCACCUUGGUGUUUUACCAGCUCACGCCCAGAGAUCCUUCCCGGAGCUGUCUCAAUCCAGAAGAGCGUGUUGCCCUGAUAAGCUUAUGCAGGAUGGCAGCAGAGGGAGUGUGGAACAUGAGGUCCGUGUUCUAUGCGACUGACCUGCAGACCCAUGGCGUGAGGGAGUCUGAGAUCUUGGCCCUCUUUCACAUGAACAUCCUUCUCCGGGUUGACCACAGCACCGAGUGGUACUAUGUUUUCUUCCACCUCAGCCUGCAGGAAUUCUGUGCUGCCUUGUAUUAUGUUUUAGAAGGGCUGGAGAAAUGGGAUCAGCACUCCUUUGUCUUUAAAAACCCGAGGAGCCUCAGGCAGACUGACUUCAACACUCACCUCCUUGGGAUGAAGCGUUUCUUAUUCGGCCUCAUGAACAAAGACACAAUGAUAACCAUAGAGGUUCUGCUUGGAUGUUCCGUGCUCCCCUCUGUGAGGCAGAAACUCCAAGAUUGGGUCUUUGUGCUAGGUCAGCAGGUCAGCGCCACCAGCCCGACGGAUGUCCUGGAUGCCUUCCACUAUCUCUUCGAAUCUCGGGAUGAUGAAUUUGUUCGCUGGGCUCUGAAUAGCUUCCAAGAAGUGUAUCUUCUGGUUAACCAGAGGAUGGACUUAAUGGUAUCUUCCUACUGUCUCCAGCACUGUCAGAACUUGAAGACACUGCGGCUGGACAUCAGAGACAUCUUCUCAGUGAAUAAGAAUACUGAUCUGUGCCCUUUUGUUCCCCCGGGGGCACAGUACAAGCCCUUCAUCCUGGAGUGGUGGGAGAACUUCUGCUGUGUCCUCGGCACCCACCAGAACCUGAAGCAGCUGGACCUGGGCAACAGUGUCCUGAAUGAAUGGGCCAUGAAGACACUAUGCCUCAAACUGAGGAAUCCGACCUGUAAUGUACAGACUCUGACGUUUAAGGGUGCAGAGAUAACCCUCGGCCUUCAGUAUCUCUGGGUGACCCUCAUUAGCAACCGGAAAUUAAAAUACCUCAACCUGGGGAACACGCUCCUGAGGGACGAUGACAUCAAGUUAGCCUGCGAAGCGUUGAAACACCGGAACUGCUCCCUGGAGACUUUGCGAUUGGAUUCUUGCGAGUUAACCUCCGCCUGUUACCUGGAGAUCUCCAAGCUCCUUCUCUCAACCACCAGCCUCAAAUCUCUCAGCCUGGCAAGAAACACAGUGGUAGAAAAAAGCAUGAGGUCACUCUGUGAGGCCUUGAGUAGCUCCACGUGUGAACUGCAGAAGCUGAUACUGGACGGCUGUGACCUCACAUCUGUCAGCUGCCAGGUUCUGGCCUCAGCCCUUCUCAGCAACCGGACCUUGACUCACCUGUGCCUGUCAAACAACAGCCUGAGGGCUGAAGAAGUGAGACAGCUGUGUCAGUUCAUUCGACAUCCAGAAUGUGCUCUGCAGAGACUGAUACUGAACCAGUGCGGCCUCAAAGGAGAUGCCUACGGUUUCCUGGCGCUGAUGCUUAUCAACAACAGAAAGCUGACCCACCUGAGCCUGACCAUGAACCCCAUGGAGGAUGGCGGGGUGAAGCUUCUGUGUGAUGCUCUCCGGGAGCCGAUGUGUCACCUCCAAGAGCUGGAACUAGUGGGCUGCCAGCUCACAGAGGAUUGCUGCGAAGAUCUGGCCUGCGUGAUCACAGCCAACAAGCACUUGAAGAGCUUGGAUCUCGGUAACAACGCCCUGGGUGACGUCGGAGUCAUAGCCCUGUGCAAGGGACUGAGGCAUAGUGACAGCUCCCUGAGGAGACUUGGGUUGGAGGCAUGCGGGUUGACUUCCGAAUGCUGUGAGGCACUGUCACUGGCCCUGUCUUCCAACCGGCGUCUUGCCAGCCUAAACCUAAUAAAGAAUGACUUCAGUACGUCGGGGAUGUUGAAGCUGUGCUCUGCAUUCCUGCAUUCUACCUGUAAUCUGCGGAUAAUUGGCCUGUGGAAGCAGCAGUACUAUGCCCAGGUGAGAAGGCAGCUGGAGGAAUUGCAGUGUAUCAAGCCCCACAUGGUGAUUGAUGGUGACUGGUAUUCCUUUGACGACGACGACGAUGACCGUAACUGGUGGAAAAACUGAAGACAUGAGUCCCCUUCUGCCCCGGAUCCUAGGACCUCCGUGUCUGGGAACUGUUUGUUCCACCUCGGACAAUGUAGCAGGAAUAAAAUAAACACUUAGCAUUUGGAAAAGCAUCAAGGUGGUCAUGUUGAUCAGUGGGCGUAUGAUGUAAGGGCGGAGACGGGAUGGGGGAGAUGGCUCAGUUGGUAAAGGGCUUACCGUGCCCUUCGAUACACAGGUGUGCUGGCAUGUGCUCGUAAUCCCAGCACUGGGGGAUGGAGAAACAAGAUUCUGACAAAAUCAACUGAAGGGGAGGAAGGAUUGGUAUUUGGCUAAUGGUUCAAGAGGAGAUAGUCCAUCGUGUCAGGGAAGAUGUGUCACAUCACACCCACACUCAGGAAGUAGAGAGGGAUGGAUGUGUAACGCUGCUUAACCCCCUUUUUCCAUUUGUACCAUCGGGAUGGAUGGUGCCGCCUAUAAUGGGGUGAGGCUUCCCAUCUGGUGUAGUUGUUAGUUUUCUGUUGCUGUAAUCAACGCCGGAACCAACUUGUGGAGGAAAGGGUUUAUUGGACAUUUCCACGUCACAGUCCGUGACUGAGGAAAGUCAGGGCAGGAGCUGGAGCAGAGGCCAUGCAGGAAUGCUUUUACUGGCUGGCUCUUCAUGGCUUGCUCAGCUGGCUUCCUUAUACAACCAGGACUCCAUUCCUAUGGGUGGCACUGCCCACAGUAGGUUGGGCCCUUCUCCAUGAAUCACCAAUCAAGAAAACGUCCCACAGGCCAAUUUGAUGGACGCCUUGUCCCAGCUGACUUUUUCUUCUUCCCAAGUAACCUGGCUUGUGUCAAGCUGACAAAUGAGCACACUACCUCAACAUAAUCAACACAGUCCCCCAGACACUGGACCCCAGGUGAUUUUAGGUUCUGUCAAGUUGAUAACACUAACCCUCACGGGGAGGAGACAGAGGAUCCCUGGAGCUCACUGGCUGGCCAACCUAGCCUACUUGGAGAAUUCCAGGACAAUGAGGUACUAUCUCAAAAAAAAAAAAUACAGAAAGGUAGACAGCACUUGAGGAAUAAUACCCAAGGUGGUUCUCUGGGCCCUACACACACAUUCAGAGCAGAGGUGGAGGAGGAUUGGCCUCCAUUCAUGAAGGUGCUGGUUGAAGCACACACACCUAUCAAAGGGCGGUGAGACUCACUCAACGUCCAUGCUAGUGAGCCAGCAUGUUCUGCCACUUCCUGAUUGGCUGAUUUUCCAAAGCCAAGAGCAGCCAUUGGUCGGCAUGCAGGAGCAUGGUCACCUGCAAAUUUGUCCUGUGUCUAUUGGCUAGAUUUAAGCCUGUUUGUAUAGCUCCUUGUUGCCAGGAAUACAGAGCAAAUAUCCCAACCACGAGAGGGCUGGGAUGAAGCGUGGUAGGCAGAGCACUUGCCUAGCAUGCAGGAAGCCCUGGCUCAUCCCCAGCACCACAUAACCCAUGCAUAGCCAUUGGUGCAUGCCUGCAAUCCGUUUCUCUUCCCUUCCCCCAUCCUGCUAAGACACUCCAUCUGGGACUAGGGAAGACAGCUGAGCAGUUAAGCUCUUGCCAUGCACGUGUGAAGACCAGGAUGAGGGCUAGGCAUGGUUGCCUUCCCAGCCUCCAGAAUCCGGGACAAGGGGUUCCCAGAGCAAGCUGCCUAGCAAAACUGGCCAUAUCCAUGAGCUCUAGGCUUGACUGAGACCCUGUCUCAGUAAGGUGAGAAAGCAAUGGAGUGUGACUUCCCAAAGUCAACCUCCGGCCUCUACACGCACACUCACACACAAGUAUGUGUGUUUACGUACAUGUGCACAGCACACAUGGAAAGUCAACGCUUCAUCCCCCUCCCCCCCUGCAGACCAGUGUUCUCAACCUUCCUGAUGCUGCAAUCCUUUAGCGCAGUUCCCCAACCGUAAAAUUAUUUUGUUGCCACUUAACUGUAAUUUUGCUAUUGUUAUAAAUUGUAAAGAUCUGAUGUGCAGCAUAUUUGAUCUGCGACCCCCAGAGGGGUCGAAACCCACAGGUUGAGAACGGCUGAUCUCCUGCGAUGCAUAUGUACACUUCAUCUCUCUACAGACCUUCACAGCACCUUGGAAGUACUUUGUCCUCAUCUUACAGAUAAGGAAGUUGAGGCAAUGGGAUGCCUGAGCAUUCCCAUGGAGUGGGUAGUAGAGCCGUCACUCAAACCCAGUCAAUCUACUUCUGGGUGCCAUUGUCAUGCCAGGAAUGUCCAGAAAGCAUUCGGCCCCUUCCACGUGCCUCAAACGGCUUUGUUUGGAGCCCCGUUAUUCAGGCAGCAUUUCUGAAGCCUGAGAAUGUUCUAGGCUUGUUCCUGUGUGUGUGUGUGUGUGUGUGUGUGUGUGUGUGUGUGUGUGUGUGUGUGUGCCUAAAAGUUGCCAGGCAUAGUGGGGCACACCUUUGAUCCCAGUAUUUGGGAGGGCAGAGUCAGGCAGAUCUCUGUGGGUCUGAGGCCAGGCUGGUCUACAUAGUUCUAGGACGGCAGAGCUACAUAAUGAGACACUGUCUUGGAAAGGAAAAAAAAAGCCUAAAAGUCAGGUGACUGGCCUGACUUCCCUACCAACCCUUCGAAUGAGAGUGAAAAGCUUAUUUCUGGGAGGUGGGAGCAAGAUGGCCCAGUGGGUACAGGCACUUGUCACCAAGACUGGCAACAUGAGUUAGAUCCCUAAGACUCAGAUGAGGAAAAGGGAGACCCGAGUCCCCAAGUUAUCCUCUGACCUGCACACAUGCACUGUGACAUGAGCACAUGUAUUCACACACAAGUAUUUAAGUUUUUCCAGAAGCACACAGUUAUUCUGUGCUGGUACUAUUAGCGCUGUGCCUACUGGGGCUUCUUUGCAAGAACGCCUCUCCCGUCCUGGGAGAUUUCACACCCAGACUUUUGGCCAAUGUGACCUGAUCUGUGAGGAGACUGGGGGGGUAGAAGGGGCCAUAGUGGUUCCCCACAGGCUAGGGAAAUGUCAAUCCUUCGGGAUGCUUUUGGCCACCUUGACCAUCUGACAGACAGAUACAACAUAUUUUUUGUCUUGCCUACUUUUUUAUAUGCAAUACUUUUUACUUGAUUUUAUUUUUUUUUUUAAACUCUGCACCUACUUCUGCUGACAGGUACCUAUCACUGCUCCUCGGAUUUUUAUCAAGUUGACACGUGCUAGAGUUGUCUAGGAUGGGUCUGAGGUGGUUUUUGCCUUGAUGUGUAGAUGCGUACCACAUGUGGACCUGAUGCCUUCAGGCAGAGGUCAGAAGAAGGCAUCAGACCCAGCAGGGAAGACGGGAGAAUCUUAAGAUCAAGGUCAGCCUCAGCUGUGUAAUGUUCA